GGCAUUGCUCCGUGGUGGGUUUUUUUCUGGGAGGAGUGGGGCAGCAGGCGCAGAGCCGAGCAGGGAAAGAAAACAGCAACAACUAAUGGUACAAACCUGGCAGAGUGAGCCUCGGACGGAACCACGCUGACGAAGUUCCUCGGGAAAACCUUUCCUACACCGUAUUUUAGACCAAGACAAGCAGCUGAGGCAACGCUGCUCUCAGCUUUGAGACCUGAAUGGUUUUUUCUUUUGGAAAACUUUUCAACCUCUCGGUAUUUUAAGUGCUGAAAGUUGGAAAAGAAGCCCCAUUUUGUAGUCCUCCUCCUCCUCCUCCUCCUCCUCCUCCUUGCUUCCUCCCUCCAUAAUAAGUGGCACGUUGGGUUUAUGGAGGACCAGGCCCGCAUGAUGUUGGGUCACAUUGGACUAACUGGACUGUCUCAGGAGGAUGUGGGCGAUCCCGACAACAUCAGGAAACAUCACAACCUGGGUCAGCCGCAGCAGGACAUUGGUGACAUCCUGCAGCAGAUCAUGACCAUCACAGAUGAGAGUCUGGAUGAGGCCCAGGCCAGGAAACAUGCUUUAAACUGCCACAGAAUGAAGCCCGCCCUCUUCAGUGUCCUGUGUGAGAUCAAAGAAAGGACAGCUCUGAGUAUCCGAGGCAUCCAAGAGGAGGACAGUCCAGACCCUCAGAUCAUGCGACUGGACAACAUGCUGUUAGCGGAGGGAGUCGCGGGUCCGGAGAGGGGCGGGGCCUCUGCAGCGGCAGCAGCGGUUGCCGUGGCAGCCGGAGGGUCACCCAAUGAAGGCGGCCUACAACACACCGAAUACAGAGAGAAGCUCGCUCAAAUACGACAGAUGUACCACACUGAGCUGGAGAAAUACGAACAGGCAUGCAAUGAAUUCACUGACCAUGUGAUGAACCUGCUGAGGGAACAGUCCCGUACGCGGCCAGUCUCACCCAAAGAGAUUGAGCGAAAGGUGGGAAUCAUCCACCGCAAGUUCAGCACUAUCCAGAUGCAGCUAAAGCAGAGCACAUGUGAAGCUGUCAUGAUCCUACGCUCCAGGUUCCUGGAUGCCAGGAGGAAACGAAGAAACUUCAGCAAGCAAGCGGCAGAGAUUUUGAAUGAAUAUUUUUACUCCCAUCUGGCAAACCCGUACCCCAGCGAGGAAGCCAAGGAGGAGCUGGCCAAGAAGUGUUCCAUCACUGUUUCUCAGGUGGCCAACUGGUUUGGAAACAAGAGGAUUCGGUAUAAAAAGAAUGUUGCAAAGCUCCAGGACGAAGCUAACCUGUAUACCAGGAAGAGCGCUGCCAGUGUAUCUUCACAGGCAAGCCAAGCCAACUCUCCAGCCACACCAAACUCAGGAGGAUACCCAGCCUCGUGUUACACUCCUGAUGGGAGGUAAUGAGGACCUGCCUGAGGAUUCUCUUACCUCGUCAUGGUCUCCAUGUUGAUGCUGGCUGGCAGGACAGAUCCCUCCUCCCAUGUACCCCACCCAGAGGACCGGGCAGCAAGCACUACCACUGAUUCUCCACCUUCCCUCCCCGCUCCCCACCCUGCUCCUCAGACUAAUACAUCCCAGACUGUAGGCUGACCUCCAGCCGAACCACAAACACACUCACACACUCACACACUCACUCACUCACUCACUCACACACACACACACAAAACACACAUUUCUGAAACUCUGCAACCUUUUUGUUUUGCUUUGUGAAGCUGAUCCUUUUCCCAUGUCUCUCCCACAAGUUUUUAUUAACUCCCCUACUUAACGAAUGUGUUGACACCUAUGUUUUUUUUUCUUUUUACAAUUACGCAUGACAUUUUUCUAUUUUUUUGAAAGAUAAAUAAUUGAUGAAAAGAACCUUUUUUAAUGUGUUACCGGAGUGUACUCCAGUAGGAGUAGGAAGGUUUAGGGCCCGUUGUGUGUGACCUUAAACCAGAUGUUUAUUCAUCAUUUUAUUUUAAAGAAUUAAAAUUAAACAAAAAAAAAAAAAGCAUGUAGAUUUUAUUAUUUCUUUUAAGUUUCUUAAGAAAAAGGUCAGUGAGAGAGUACAACAAAUGAGAAAUGGCAGAAAUGACCAAAAAUGAAUAAACACAUUGUCACUUAUUACGUUUUGUAUCCUGUGGUGUUGCUUCUGACAACAGCUGGGUUUGAGUUUGUUCCUAUGUAAAUGAUUGUAAAGACAACAUUGCUUUAACAGGUAAUUAUGUUUCUUAAAUGCUUUUGAAGCAACCAAACCAAAGAGGCGUUAACCCAGGAGAUCAGGUUCUGUCUGUUGAACUAUGUAAUCAGUUCUGAUAGUUGGGUUCAGUUUCAGAUCAUACAGUAUUGGACCGUACCAUGUGUGUUUUUAUUCAUCUGUGCCCUCUAGUGUUGAGCAGUGCCGCUGCAUCUUAUUGGCUUCUGGAUAUGGUGUGUAUUUCCUGCCAAACCAGGCUUUCAGAGGGUUUUUUUUCUCUUUAAACUCUUGUUUUCACUCCUUUCUUUUUCUAGUUAAUCUUCAAUAGUGAAUGUCAACAAAUCCUGAGACCUGAUAAACAGAGUACAGACUCUAUUAGUCAGUCAUCUGCUGGAGGAGCUGCUGAGGUGGACAGUGGACAAGGAGUCUGACUAAUCUGAUAAUGUAGUGAGUGCCGUACAAUGUAAUAGCUUGUUAGUAUGAUAAAAAGCCCCUGAAUUGGUCAAAAAUGUUGAAGAAAAAAAAACAUAACAAAUGUAAUUAUUACAAUAAAUUGUAAUUAUGACUCGACAGGAUUCAAUGUACAUGAUGAUGUAGUAAUAAUUACAUAAUGUCCUGAAUCUUAGAAAGCUAUGAUUGAAUUAGUUAAGUUACACUACACUCUUUAAAAAGUCAUAAUAACUGCUCUGUGUAAACUUGUAAUGUUACAUUAUCCAGACAUGUGUUGUAUUAACAGAUUUCAUUACUUGUGCAACCCGUUAAGAUGGAAUUUUUAUUGCAUUUUGUUAUUCUGCAAACAUUAAAGUCAAUUGCUACGUA